AUGGCCCGAUUUCACACUUAUGUUUUCUCGCCAUUGUUGCUACUGAUAUCGGUUGUCAUCAUCCAUCCCUCGUAUGGAGAGCAUUUGAACAGCAAAGACCUCGUGGAAGAGGUCUGUCGCCACACAUCCAGCCAUGGAUAUUGUGUCGGUACCAUGAUCCCGGGGCCACCAUUAACAGCAGAAGGGAUUGCUAGUACAGCUUUGGGUUGGGCGCAGAUAAGAGCAUUGGAAGCUGGAACAAUAAUUUCCAAUUUACUCAAAGAUUCUGCCUCAGCUAACCAUCCCCAUCACUACCGGGUGCGGCUCCAACGAUGUUGGGAUCUUAACAUGAAAGCCAUGGCGGACCUCUGGAGUGCUAAUAAUUCGUUUUACAGUAAAAACAUCAAGGCCAUGGUUAAUUAUCUCUUUACUGCUUCACAUGACACUAAAAGGUGCCAAACUCUCAUAAGAGGACGCAAUUUAACAGGCUUGGCUUCUAAAAACUAUGAUAUAAUUAAGCUCAGUGAAAUUUGUGCCAUCUCCACCAAAUUCUUUUGA